AUACUCCAGGAACAAACAGUAGCAGCAGAAAACCUUUUGACAGAGAGGCCUUUUUGGCCAAGCAUAAAGUGCGAAAAAUUCAACCACACGAGAAAGAAGUGUCGACUUCAAAUUCGUCGGUAUCAAGUUCAAGCACAAAGGCUGUAAAGAAUUUUUCAUCUACUUCAACAAGAAAUGACCAAAAAAAUACUCAAAAUCAGAAGAGUACAAUCAUCGCGAAUCCAAUCAGUGCCGCGAAGGACGCGAAAAAACCAAUCACAGUCAUAAAUAGCCCACCAGCCAUAAAUAACGAUAGGGUGAAAUCCACAAAUUCGAAAUCAGGCACCUCUUCAUCUGCAUCGUCAAUCCUAUCCAAAUCGAAAACUUCAACAUCGCAAAAAAGACCUGAUACUUCGCAAAGUCUUAAGCCUAACGAUACUAUCGGUUCCAAAAAUCUACGCAAAGUUGAUGCGGCAAAAGUGGCUAAGCUUUUGAAUUUUGCGGGCCGAAAGAAUCCUCCACCAAUCCGUGGACCACCAAUCUCUGGCAAACAAAAAAUCAAGUCUCUUGUCGAUAUCUGCAUCUCAAAAAUCAUCCAAAAUAUUGAGAUGCUGAAUGAUAUUGGCAAUGUGCCUGUUGAUCUUUUGAGGCCUGUACUCAAAUCAGUAAGUGCCGAACAGCUCAAAAGAUUACAGGACAAUUCGGAGGAGUUAGCAGAGGUCUCAAAUGGAUUGUGGCGAGAUCUCUGCUUAAGAGAGUUUCGAAAUGAUGACGCGGCGGAUAAGAGGAUCCGGGAUGAGUUGUAUAACCAUGAGAAAUUAUAUUGGGAAUUAGACAAGAAACGAAAAAUAAAGCAGGAGGAGGACGAGCGGAGGAUUCAAAUUUUGGCCGAGAAUACACGAAAGCGAUAUGCGAGGGAGGAGGAAAAGAAGGAAAGGAAGAAGAUUAAGGUGUUGCCGUUUACGCCUUUACCUAAAAACAGGAAUAGCCGCCAACAAAAGUCGAUAAUACGAAAGUUAUAUGAUAGCGCCCCGAAGCUUGAUAGACCCUUUCGUACUUCAUCGGUUGCUGCUUCUUCGAGAAGUGGGUCUACCUCUCAAGCAUCAGUUUUUGUACGAGGAACGGGUUCAAGUGGCAGCACAGUUCGCUCUUCCGCUAUCAGUAAUUCCUUGCGUACAGCUUCAACAAGCGUGGCUUCUGUUCGGCCUGGUGGCGUCGAAAGGCGCCAAAAUGGCAAUGAAAGAUUUCUCCCAUAUCGGAGAACAGAGGCAAGUUCGUCGCGUUCGAGCAGUCAGGGAGUAACUGUCUCUCGUGAAAGGCAA